GCUACACUUUUUGUUUACUAGGACAGUUGCCUAUUAUAAAAAGCUUUAUUUUUUGCUUUGGUACAUCUUAUCAGAGAUCCAAUAAUGGAUCUGCUAUCAUCUCCGAUACCUGAAGAUCCAACAAGUGGAAAUCUACUUCAUUCAACUGUUCAACCCCUACAAAGUCCAGCUGAUCAUUUUGCUGGUCAUUUCUGGGGUGAGAAGAAUCUUGGAUUUAACGUUUUACAUCAUAACAUGAAACAUGGCCAAAUAUCUGUCAAGGAUUUACAAGAUUUUAUUCGAGAAAGUGCCAGUGCUGAAGAAAUGUAUGCUAAACACAUGACUAAGUUAGCCAAAGUAGCAGCGAACUGCAAUCCGCUUGGUACGUUCGCGCCGCUAAUGGAUGUCCUAAAAGUAAUGACAGAAAAAAUAUCCAGCUGCCAUAUGGAUAUUGUGCUCAAGUUACAAGAUAUUAUCAAAGACUUAUCGAAAUAUUUGGAGGAGCAAAAAAAUAAGCAUAAACACAGCAAGGAUACAUUUAGUGGAACUGUUGAUGCAUUGCAUAAUAUUCAAACUGCUACCACUUCUGUGAUGAAAUAUAAAGAAAAAUACAAUCAAGUUUGUGCCGAAGAAGAGAGGCUUAAAAUGUCGGGUGGUGCUCAAAAAGAAAUAGAAAAAGCAGGAACUAAAAGUCGUAAAGCUGCUGAAGAAUAUAAAUCACAGGUCGGUAAGCAUGCAGUUGCUCGACAUUUGUUUGAAGAAAAAAUGUUUGAUUCUGCGCAAAAGUUUCAGAAAAUUGAACAGGAGCAUCUUCACCACAUGAAGUCAGUGCUGGACACAUAUAUUCUAUCAUUCGAAAAUGCUCACGUUUUGAUAAAUCAAGUUCAUCAAGAAUUCCGAAGGCAAAUAAAUGAAACACAGUCGGAUCUUUUACAACAAUAUUCAGAGCAAAAAGGCACUGGAACCGAACGACCAAUGACAAUUCUGUUUGAACCGUAUACUCCAGGAAUGGCAGGUUCUAUUCCACCAACUAAAAGUAAAAAGGAAGGAUCUGGAGGAUUAUUUGGUGGCAUCAGACGCAGGAAAGCUAAGCAAAGAAAUGAUGUCAGUACUAAUAGUUCCAGUAGCAAAGACAGCAAAGAUGCAGAAUCGAUUGAUUCUCCUGAAAAAGAACCAGAGUAUAGAGUGGAUGAAGAAGGUUUUACUAUCAGACCGGAAACACCUGAUCAUGCAUCUGAGAAAAAUAAUUUUCAGUUUAGUAGUGAUUCUGAUUCAGAUUCAGAUUCUGAUGAUGCGUCCAGGAAGAAGAUUCAAGUUCAUAUUAAACCUAAAGAAGCAGUAACAACAGAUUCAGGAGGAAGUGAUCUGGAAACUUUGAAUGCUGUAACAAAAAAUCUAACUCUUGGAUCACCAUCGCCAUUAGGAAUGAAAAAAUUAUCUCUGGCAGUAGUGGAAAAUAACAGAUCCGAAAAAAGUUCCAAAGAAGGGCAAAAGAAAUCAGAGAAGUUGUCUACUGAUGAAUUGUUGCAAUUAUUUUCAAAUGGGGGAACAAAAAGCCCACCUACUGUGUCUCAAGAUAGUUUGAGCCGAACAUCAAGUAUUGAUAAAGAUAAUGUAUCUGAAGAAGUAACUGAUUUUUUUAGUAAAGCUUCAAUUUCUAAACCAUCUAAGUCUGUGAAAAGCCGGAACAACUCUAUCAAAAAAGGCCCAGCACCACCUAUACCAGGUUCAAUACCUCAUUCGGCAUCAGCAAAAUCUCUUGAUGAUAUCUUGGCUAUGGAUGAUUCUACAGACAUAAACCCUGAUAUUCCUCCACCAAGACCGCCAAAACCAGGAGGUCCAGCACCUCCUUUACUACCACACACCCGACCGACUGAUUUGUCUGUUGUCAAUGCAGCUCGGCCAGCCAAUUUUGAACCACCAAAAUCUCACUCAGCACCGCUAGCGUCAUCAGAAAGUUGGUCUUCUCUGUCAUCAGCAGGAGGUGCUGGCACUCCAGUUCUCUCAUCUUCUGAAAGCUCUGUUCCGGGUUUUUCUAGUCACUCUCGGGGACCGAGCCCACUAACCUUGUCUCAAAAUGACCCAAUUCCUAUUGCAAUUGCUUUCACAGAAACAGUUAAUGCCUAUUUCAAGGGAGUCGAUAACAAAACAUUAACUAAAGUAACAGGAGACAUUCAGAUAUCUUUCCCUGCAGGAAUAACAAGGGCAUUCACCUCAAAUCCAAACCCCCCUGUUUUGAGUUUCAAGGUAAGCUGCCCUGAUUCUAAAAAUUUGACUGUCUUUCCUCCACAUGAUACCAACUUAUUGAAGAAAGAUUUAUUUGCGAGUGAAGCAUCCACUCAUGCUUUUCAUUUUGACAUGCCAUCGCUUUUAACGCAUGUUAAAAAUAUGACAGAAAAAGAUCCAAACAGUCCACAUUAUAAUAUUCGUAUAUUGUCAUAUAUUGUCCCUUCAUCUCACCAAACACUGCCGUUGCAUGUAACAUCAGAGUGGAAAUGUGAACCUGAAAUGACCAAGAUAAAAAUAGACUACAAACAUAAUUCAUCUGCUUCAUCAGCAGCACUGCAAUCACUUAAUGUAAUUGUACCUGUGCAUGGAACGGUCACAAAUGUGCAGUCGACACCGCAAAGUAAAUGGAUGGCUGCACAAAAUCGUCUAUGUUGGCAAAUUCCAGGUAGAAUAUCAGAAGCAAGCGCGGGAUGUUUGGAGAGUACUUUGACUAUGAGCUCUGGGCCUAGUAAGCCUAGUGCUUUAGCUAUGCAGUUUUUAUCAGAAGGAAAUACACUAAGCGGAGCUAAUUUUGAACUUUCUGGAAUCGGAUACCGAAUAUCACUUAUUAAGAAGAGAUUUUUAACUGGGAAAUACUUAUGUGAAAACUUGUGAUGUUGUUAUUUGAGAAAUAUUUUGUCUACUGCCGGGAUAACAACCUAAUUUCAAGUUAUCCAGUUUAGCUUGAUGGUCAGAUGCAAAUUGUGGUAUGUGUGUUAUUAUUUUUGUCACUAGUCAUCAUCAGCCAUGUAUUGGUUUCUUCUAUCUACUACUAUAUACUUAUAUGUUCUUGUCCUGUGCCAAGUUAGGUAUGUGGACCAAAUAAAAUUUAGUUGUUGUAUUAUAAUAUCUUGCAUAUUUCUGUAUUUUAGUUUAUGAUAAUCACUUUGUUCCAUCUGUAAAAUUUUGUUUUUUCUUAUUCGACCUUUUAUUAAUACUAUAUUCUAUUGUCUAUAAAUCAGCCAUUUGGUAGACUCUUAUCUCUGUGUUCCAAGGCUUUUGUACCACUAUGUUCAUAUGUGAUUCAUUUGCUUGUACAUCAUAAGAUGAAAGUGUAGAAGUUUGUUUCCACAUGAUAUAAAUUACUCAUAUUAUAACUUACUAAGACUACACUUCACCAAUAUUUUAUAAAGGAAUCUAGGGUAAGCAAAUGGUUUUGUUGGGUUGUUAUGCUUAAAAUUAAUGCAUUUUGUAAAAACUCUGUUUUAUUGAUUCAAAUAAUCGAAAUUACUGUUCUUCCUUGUUACAAUUUUAUAGUGAAUUCAUGAUUUGUGAUAAAUUUAAUCCAGUAAAAUGAGGAUAUUAUGAAGUGAAAUAGAGUAUACUGGUUUCGCUCUAUAAGAAGACCAUUUAUAUUGUAAUAUUCAGAAUCGAAAUACAUUCAAAGAUAGAACCAUAGAAUACCAUCUAUCAUUCCUGGCUUUGGCUCUUAUUCAAUAUGUGGAUAAUUGCCAGUCUGGAGUUAUUUUCUCUAUAUAUAGGCUACUAUUUGGAUUGGAGAAAUUAAAUGUAGAGGAAUGGCCAAAUCACAUUAUCUAUUAUUUCAAAUACAAUAUUUUGAGGCAUAAAAUUAGUAAUAGAUUCUUUUGUGAAUCUAUUUCAUUGAUGAGGAGGUUACAGUAUUUGUUGUAUAUUUGCUUAUCCUGAGACCUCAAUAAUAGCAACAUCUUGAUUGGUUUUUAUUACAUGCAAAAUAUAUCUGUGUGAUAAUUUGCUCAAAAGGUGUUUUAGUGGUAUUUAUUCUAUAUUUUUCCCAAAUUCCCAAAUUUAUUGAAUAUAACUAGUUUAUAAUGUAGUCAAUUUGCUUUUCUCCUGGUUUCAACUAAUUUUAACAUGUGUAGUAAAUAAAUAUAAAAAUGUAAUUUUUAUUCUU